GGGUUGGUGGAGGAGCGCUGCUCCAGCUGAGCUCCGCUGCACGGCCAGCACGGCUGUGAACUUGCUGUUAGAGCGCUUGCUAUGCCGAGCUGCUGUGUGACAUGCUGUUCUUCACGUUCGUUGUCAACGGAAAAGGUCUCGUACCACAGCUUUCCAAGAGAUCCCCGAGUUCGAGCAGAAUGGGUCAAGGCUCUAGGGAAAGAGGAUGGCUGGGAGCCUUCAAAGGAUGGCAGAGUGUGCUCCAAGCAUUUCCACCCUGAAAACUUAGAGCAAACCUUGAAAGGACGCACUCAUUUAUGUAAACACGCAAUUCCAUCAUUUCAUUUGCACAAGGAACCCCCCCAACCCCUGGCCGUGCAGGGCCCAAUGGAGCAAGGCUUCAAGGGGAGAACCACAGAAAACCUGGUCACCACUGUGGAGGUGGGACACCAGGAGACCACCCUCCUGCUGGCUGUGCAGUUGCAGGCCCCAGUGGAGCAAGGCUUCGAGGGGAGAACCACACAAAACCUGGUCACCCCUGUGGAGGCGGGACCCCAGGUACCCACCCACCCGCUGGCUGUGCAGUUCCUUCUCCAGGCCACAAUGGAGCAAAGCUUUGAGGCACCCGAGGUAUGCCGUGUCUUUGUGCCUCAACAAGUCAAGGAAUCCCAGUGGUAAGCAGCUAUUGAUGUGCAAAGAUGUUCCAGAGGCCAAGACUGAGAUGUAAGAAAUAAAUUACAUCGACUUCACCGAACCAAA